AUCUCCAAUUGACUCUUUGGGCAUUAUAGCCGAGCUCAACGUUCAUCCGCGACAAGUUUGAGUUUUUCGUACCUUUCGUGCAGGCGAGUUACACAUUUUUUUCGCUUUUCGCUAUUCGCUGCUCCAACACACACGAAAAAUUAUUAUUAAUAUUAACAAAACUACUGCAGAAAAUUCAAUGUGAUUUAAGUGAACAACAGCAAUAACAACAACAGCAACAACGCAAAAAGGUAAAAUACAAAAUACGACACACAAAACGAAAAAAUAAAAACGAAACGAAAAAAAGAAAGAAAAAGAAUUCGUUCGUUUCGCGUGUGCAUACGUAUGUGUGUGUGUGUGUGUGUAUUUGUGUGAGACUCCAUAUGUGUGUGAGUGCGACUCAGUCGCUCGAUGCGUAUCUGUGUGUGUGAGUUUCGAUGUGCGCUGCGCUUGUGUGCGUGAGCGCGCUGUAUUUGUAUUUGUGUGAGCCAAAACGAGACGCCAUCACAAAGCUGAGAAAUAAAAUUCAAAAUAAAAAUAGUGAUUAAUAACAAAAAAGCGCAAAGCGAAGCGAAGAACAACAACAAUAGCGACGACAGCAACAACACAAACAGUGCGAGAAAAAAGCGCGUAAAAUUAUAAAAAAAAAUACUUAAAACAAGCAACAAAAGAAAAAAGGCGCGCAGCACAAUGAAAAAUGUAUAAACUGUUAACUGAAGUGCAAAAGCAGAAACAGCAACAACAACAGCAACAACAAGAGUGCAAAGAAGAAGCAGCGCAGCAGCAGCAACAACAACAACAACAACAACAAAGAGACACAAAUGAACCGCGCAUCCGUCAGCGCCAGCCGCCCCCGCAUUCCCCUCGCCGCGCAGCCCGCUUCACUCCAGUGUUUCUCUCGUGUUCGUCGUGGCAAUUAAAAAGUUUUAUGCAAAAUACGCAAAUCAAAUGUUAAUGCUGUGACUUGUCACUGUCUGCGUACGCGAGUGUCGACUGUGUAUGUGUCUGUGUGUGUGUUCAAAAUGCACAAGCAGCCGCCAGCAACAACAGCAACUCCAACAGCAACAACAACAACAACGCAGCAGGCAACAAGAGCUUCGCUCAGUCGACAAACAGGCCAAGGAGUCGCGCAUUAGAAGCUCGAAAGCGCCCCCAAAGCACAAAGCCAGCAGCCACAAACGCAUACCACAGCAGCAGCAACAGCAACAGCAACAGCAGCACAAAAGUGGCGAAAGGUGCACCCACCAGCAGCAACAGCAACAACAACAGCAACAGCAACAAUCGCAGUCAACAAGUCAAAGCGACUGGCUUGCCUUACGUUCCACUUACGUGACGUUAACGUUUGUCUUACGUUAACGUAGUUAGUUGCCUUCCAGCCUAGCGUGCCAUAGAGAUCCUUACGAAUUGUAGUGCCAAUAUACAACAACAACAACAGCAACAGCAACCAAGCAACCAACAACAUACAUUUUUACCUGGCCCAGGCAUAUAUUAUACAUACAUACACAUACAUAAAUACCUAAUUACAACGACUAAAGCAACAACAACAACAACAACGACGAGAACGACGACGACGAGAAUAACACAGGGGCUACUUGUUGGGUUACCCAAGUUCCUUAGUGCCAUACAAAUGCAAUAUUGAAAACAACAACAACAACAACAACAACAACAACAGAAACAACGAUUGAAACUACAAACAACAACAGCUACAAUUGAAUCUACAACAACAAGUGCCUUCAUUGAGAACGUGAUAGUGAUAUUUAUAAUGUUUAUAUACUCGUAACAACAACAACCACAACAGCAACCACAACAGCAUCUUAAGCUUGCCAGCAACGAUAACAGAUAACAGAAACAACGAUAACGAUAACAACGAUAGAUGCUCAUAUGUUUUCGCCAAGCGACGCCAAGCUCAACACGCAACAAGUCUUCCAAUUAGCUCGUUAAGCAUACGCCCCACUGUACAACAAACGCAUCCCUUGUCUUGCCAUCGCGCUCAUCGCUGGCAGAGACAGGUUAGCGUCAUAGCAUCAUAUAAUGUCCACAUCCACAGCGACAACCAGCGUGAUCACGUCCAACGAACUAUCGCUUGCCGGCCACGCCCACGCGCACACGCACACGCACACCCACGCCCACAAUCAUCCACAUCUCCAGCAACAGCAGCAGCAACACUCACAACAACAGCAACAUCGCCUUGGUGUUGGGGUCAACGUUGGCAUCGGGGUUGGCAUCGGAGGCGUUGCGGGCUUAGGCGGCAUUGUUGGGGGUCAUCUUAGCGACGCUUCACUGUCGCCCAUCCAGCAGGGCGCAAACAUCGUCGCCAGCAGCAACAGUUCCCCGUUGGGUCAAAACGGUGUUCCACUUUUGACCACAAUGCAUCGAUCGCCGGACAGUCCGCAGCCCGAGUUGGCCACGAUGACGAACGUGAAUGUGCUUGAUCUGCACACCGAUUCCUCGAAGCUGUACGACAAGGAGGCGGUGUUCAUCUACGAGACACCCAAGGUGGUGAUGCCCCCGGAUGGCGGUGGCAAUCCUGGCGGUGGAUCGAAUGGCGGACACGAUGAUGGCGGUGGUCAGGUGAUUGAUGCUCGCAUUGCGGCACAGUUGAGCACACAGCAUUUGGCGCCGGCUCCGCAACAGACGGAACAUCAGCCGCUGGCCAAGAUCGAGUUCGAUGAGAAUCAAAUCAUACGCGUUGUGGGUCCCAAUGGGGAGCAACAGCAGAUCAUUUCGCGGGAGAUCAUCAAUGGGGAGCAUCACAUUCUGUCGCGCAACGAGGCGGGCGAACACAUUCUGACCCGCAUCGUCAGCGAUCCCUCGAAGCUGAUGCCGAAUGAUAAUGCGGUGGCCACCGCCAUGUACAAUCAGGCCCAGAAGCUGAACAAUGAGCAUCAGGGCGUCUAUCAGACGUCGCCGCUGCCUCUGGAUGCCUCGGUGCUGCACUAUGGCAACGAUAAUGUGAUCAAGACGGAGGCCGAGAUCUAUGAGGAUCACAAGAAACACGCUGCGGCCGCAGCGGCUGCUGCUGCUGGUGGCGGUGGCAAUGGCGGUGGUGGCUCCAUUAUCUACACCACCUCCGAUCCGAAUGGGGUGAAGCAAUUGCCACACUUGGCUGGUGUGCCACAGAAACUCGAUCCGGAGUUGUAUCAGCCGGACAAGCACAUCGAUCUGAUCUACAACGAUGGCAGCAAGACGGUCAUCUAUUCCACCAGCGAUCAGAAGGGACUCGAGAUCUAUUCGGGUUCGGACAUUAGCAGUCUCGUCUCCGACGGUCAGGUUGUCGUCCAGGCGGGAUUGCCUUAUGCCACCACAACGAGUGCUACGGGACAACCGGUCUACAUCGUUGCCGACGUCGAGGAGCAUCUGCAGGGCAAUGCGAGCAGCGCCGGCAAAUUAAAUGGCCAGACCACACCUAUCGAUGUCUCUGGCCUAUCGCAAAAUGAAAUUCAAGGCUUUCUGCUUGGUUCACACCCCUCAUCGUCGGCGACCACAACCGGCGUGGUGUCCACCACAACCAUCUCGAAUCAGCAGCAGCAGCAGCAACAGCAGCAACAUCAACAACAGCAGCAGCAACAACAACAGCAACAGCACCAACAACAGCAUCCCAGCGAUAUUGUAACCAUCACCACGGCGGGUGUGGGGAGUGCGGGCUCAAUUGUCUCCGCUGCCGUUCAACAGCAGCAGCAACAGCAACAACAACAACAGCAGCAGCAGCUGCUGAGCAUCAAACGAGAACCCGAAGACUUGAGCAAGGAUCCCAAGAAUGGCAACAUUGGCGCCGUCGCAGCCAAUGGCGGCACCGUGAUAACGCAGAAGAUAUUGCGCGUGGAUGCCAACCAAACAGAGGCACAACAACAACAAGAAACUAACCUUAAAUCAGCUGCAACAAGUGCAACAGCAACCGAAGCAGCUACAACAACAACAGCAUCUAGUCCCGCCAGAUCAUCGACAGCAGAUCUAGAGAUGUAUGCUUCCACGGGCGGCACACAGAUUUAUCUACAGACCUCACACCAGAGCACAACUGGCCCCACACAGCAGCAGAGCUCGUUGCAAGCCCAAAGUCCCAGCCCCGGACCGUACAUAACAACCGAUAGCUAUGGCAUGUAUACGGCCACCCGACUGCCGCCCGGUCCCCCGCCCACAACGACCUUCAUAACGGAGCCCUACUAUCGGGAAUACUUUGCCCCCGAUGGCCAAGGUGGCUACGUUCCCGCCGGCUCAGCGCGCAGUCUCUACGGCGAGGAUGUUUCCGUCUCGGCGGCCACACAGGCGCAGCCCGUGGGCGGGGUUUAUGAGGCGCGUUUCACCAGCAAUGCACCGACCACAACCACAGUGCUUACCAGCAGUAAUGCACACCAUCACAGUCAGCAACAGCAGCAACAGCAGCAGCAACAACAACAACAGCAGCAGCAACAACAGCAACAGGAUACGGGCAAAAAUGGCAGCACGCCGUUGUAUGCCAAGGCCAUAACGGCAGCGGGUCUAACGGUGGAUUUGCCGAGUCCCGAUUCGGGAAUUGGCACGGAUGCCAUAACGCCGAGGGAUCAGAAUCACAUACAGCAGUCCUUUGACUACACGGAACUCUGCCAGCCGGGCACGCUGAUCGAUGCCAAUGGCAGCAUACCCGUCUCGGUGAACAGCAUCCAGCAGCGGACUGUGGUCCACGGCAGUCAGAAUAGUCCAACCACAUCGCUGGUGGAUACCAGCACAAAUGGCUCAACACGCUCGAGGCCCUGGCACGAUUUCGGACGUCAAAACGAUGCUGAUAAAAUUCAAAUACCAAAAAUCUUCACAAAUGUCGGCUUUCGAUAUCAUCUGGAGAGCCCGAUUAGUUCGUCGCAGAGGCGUGAGGACGAUCGCAUCACCUACAUCAAUAAGGGACAGUUCUAUGGCAUCACCUUGGAGUAUGUGCACGAUGCGGAAAAGCCAAUCAAGAAUACAACAGUUAAGAGUGUGAUCAUGUUAAUGUUUCGCGAGGAGAAGAGCCCCGAAGAUGAGAUAAAGGCCUGGCAAUUCUGGCACAGUCGUCAGCAUUCCGUGAAGCAAAGAAUCUUGGAUGCAGACACAAAGAACUCGGUUGGUCUCGUUGGCUGCAUUGAGGAAGUGUCGCACAAUGCCAUCGCCGUCUAUUGGAAUCCGCUCGAGAGCUCUGCCAAGAUCAACAUUGCCGUACAGUGUCUCAGCACGGACUUUAGCAGUCAAAAAGGUGUCAAGGGUCUGCCGCUGCACGUUCAGAUCGAUACGUUCGAGGAUCCACGAGAUGCGACAGUCUUCCAUCGGGGCUACUGUCAGAUAAAGGUCUUCUGCGAUAAGGGUGCGGAACGCAAGACGCGCGAUGAGGAGCGACGUGCCGCAAAGCGCAAGAUGACAGCAACUGGACGCAAGAAGCUGGAUGAGCUCUAUCAUCCGGUGACGGAUCGCUCCGAGUUCUAUGGCAUGCAGGAUCUGGCCAAGCCCCCGGUGCUCUUCUCGCCCGCCGAGGACAUUGAGAAGGUAACAACAACAACAACAACAACUAGCGCUAGCUCUAGCAUGCCACCAGUUGAAGAACAAACGUUACACUCAAUUGCUUAUGCUCCACAGAGCUUCUAUGGCCACGAGACUGACUCGCCGGAACUGAAAGGCGCCUCACCGUUCUUGUUGCACGGCCAAAAGGUUGCCACGCCCACGCUCAAAUUCCACAAUCAUUUUCCGCCCGACAUGCAGACUGACAAGAAGGAUCACAUAUUGGAUCAGAGCAUGUUAACCAGCACUCCCAUGUCCGACUUUGGGCCACCGAUGAAACGGGGACGAAUGACGCCGCCAACCACGGAGCGUGUCAUGCUCUAUGUGCGGCAGGAGAACGAGGAGGUCUACACGCCCCUUCAUGUGGUGCCGCCCACCACAAUUGGCCUGCUCAAUGCGAUUGAAAACAAAUACAAAAUCUCAACAACGAGCAUAAAUAACAUUUAUCGCACAAAUAAGAAGGGGAUUACGGCGAAAAUUGAUGAUGAUAUGAUAUCUUUCUACUGCAACGAGGACAUCUUCUUGCUGGAGGUGCAACAAAUCGAGGAUGACCUGUACGAUGUGACGCUCACGGAGCUGCCCAAUCAGUAGUCGCGUGCUCUCAAAAUCAACACUUUCCCCUCCCCCCAAACACACACACACACGCACACAUACACACUCAAAAAUGUGGACACAAUUUUGCUAACAAAAAAGUUGUUUCAAUAAGCCAUUUAUAUACAUAUAUAGAAAUGUUAAGUUUAGUCCUUAGAGCAGCGUAAUAUGUCUAUCGAUAACGAUAACGAUAACUGAAAACUGAACAAAAAUCGAGAACAAAUUCGGCGGCGAUAACAAAAUGUUUAGCUGUACUUAUUAUGUAUAUGCAUGAUAUUUGUUUUUUUUAUACAUAUAUAUCUGUUAUUUUAGUAACAAUGAGAUUACAACAAUUCUUUAACAAAUUUCAAUGCUGUAAUUAAGUGAAAUUAUUCAGAUACAUCAGAUAGAUAUAUCUAUACCCAUAUAUAUAUAUAUAUAUAUACAAUACAUAUACACGUAUCUAUGCGUAUGUCUUAAGUAAAUUUACAAAACAAGAAUAGAGUGCAAAAUGUCUGUCCAGUAAAACGUAAGUUCGCUCUUCCCCCCGCUCCCUUUAGCUAGACCAUAGGUCCCGCCCUCCCCCUCAAAAAAAAAGAACUCCCCUUACUUUGCUCCCCAUACUCUAUUAAAAUAUAUAUGUUUAUCUUUAUCUAUAUGCUAACUGAUAAAUCAAGCUAAUGAAUUGUACUCGUCUUAAGUCAACAUUUUUAUUAUUGUUAAAUAUACAAAACAACACAACAAUUUGUAAUAUUUUUUUUCAAAAAAAACUAAAACCUUCCUCCCCCCUCCCCUUGAUCGUUUGUUCUACGCCCAUGCCCUAUUGCCCUUUGACCUUGUUAUUUGUGGCUAUACAUAUAUAUAAUGUUGAAAUAUCUAGGAUCUCUGCUUAAUGAAAACAAAAAAGAAGCAAGUUAAUUAAUUAAUUCGUUAAUUAAUGUCGAAUGUUUGCCUCCCAAAUGCCUAGAACAAAACGAGAAGAAUGAAAAGAUAACAAAAUAAGAAUUGUUAACGAAAUGGUAAAAAAACAAAACAAAAAACCACACUUUAAAGUAAUUAAAUUGUAGUUAAUUAAGUCGCUCUGCAAUAAAACAUGUUGAUACAAAUCUUAAUUAAGUCCAAGUUAAGGCAAGAAACAAAAAAACGAAAAACAAAAAACAAAAAAAAAACAUAAACUAAAAAUGGAAAAAAGAAACAAAAAACAA